AUGCCCACAAUGCUCAAUGCCAUCGGACCAGACUGCAGGGUUAUGGAAACCACAGACGCCCACCCCAACCACAGUCACUGGAAGUGCAAGAACUGCGGAGACGGACAAGCCCUAUUCGCCAGAGACUGUAGAGAAUGCGGCACUGAAAUAUACAGGAAUGCUUGGGUUGUUGCAGACGGGGGACAGAUAUUUGGACAAAUGCAUCAAGUGGACCAUCUGGGUCGAGUGAUUUGGCGAUACGUGGUCAAACAUGACGGUAAUGUACCUGAGGAGACUGAACACUUUUGUGGUGAAUGUUCUAAGUGCAUGUAUACGCGCAAGUGGAAUAUCAUAUUGGGUUACGAGAAGCCUUGA